AUGCACAAAUCACUACAUCACUUUACUAAAAUUACGGACUAUGAUGAAUGCACCAUUCGAAAGCUUCUUGUAAAGGCCACCCGAGUCAAGUCAAAUCCUGCCGUCUAUGCUCAUCGAAUGAAAGACAAGCAUCUUCUUAUGCUUUUUGAAAAACCAUCUCUGAGAACAAGAAUUUCAUUCGAAACAGCAAUGGCUCAAUUUGGAGGUAAUGCCAUCUACUACAGCAAUGAAGAAGGCCCAUUUGGAAAAAAAGAAAAUGUCAAAGAUACUGCCAUGUGUGCCUCUCAAUUCGUUGAUGUCUUUGUGUUGCGAUUAAUGUCAAGAGAAAGUUUGUUAGAAUUUGUCAAAUAUUCUCAAGUUCCAGUCAUCAACGCCUUAGAUGAUUGGGCACAUCCUUGUCAAAUUCUUGCAGAUUUGCUAACCAUUGCUGAAUUAAAAUUAACACCAAAGCCAGUACAUGAAGAUCAUUUGAAAUUUAACAAGUUUCGAAUGGCCUACUAUGGAGAUUGCAGAAAUAAUGUGACAUAUGACUUGAUGAGAGCUGCAGCCUUACUCAAUUUCAAACUAGUGUUGUGUGGUCCAGAUGAUCCGCGCUUCAUGCCAGAGACAGAGGUUUGGGAUGAAGUGAAUCGAAUUAAUGACCAGGCAGUAGAAUGGGUUACUAAUCCAAACGAAGGUUCUAGAAAUUGUGACGUCGUGUACACGGAUUCGUGGAUGUCCUAUCACAUUCCAGCCAGUGAAGAGCAAGAGCGUGUAAAAGUACUUCAACCUUAUCAAGUGGACAUGAAAGUUCUAAAACAAGCUAAAAAGGAUGUUGUUUUCAUGCAUUGUUUACCAGCAAAGAGAGGUCAAGAAGUGACCGAUGAAGUCAUAGAUUCCACACAUAGCUUUGUUUAUCACCAAGCAUGGAAUCGUCAAUACGCUCAGCAAGCUCUCUUGUUAUACAUUUUGUUUGGUGCCAAAGUGUUUUAUGAAAACGAAAAAGAAGCAGAGUUGUUGAGCGAGGAGAAAUAUUUUCAAAUGGCACCUCGUCACUUGAAUAUGAUGCAUCGAAAAUUCAAAGAAAAGACAUCACCAGCCACUAAACAUAUGAAAGAUGCCAAAGGAAGACCAUUUGACAAAAUUGUCAUUAGUCUGGGUGGUCAUGCUCUUCAAACAAAUACUUCUCAAGAUUUCUCCUAUCAAGAUCUAAAGGAUAAUAUCGAAAAGACAUGUAUGGAACUCGCCCAUUUCAUAGAGAGCCAAAGACCGCAUAAUAUUUGCAUCACUCACGGAAAUGGUCCUCAAGUAGGUUAUAUUCACAAAUGCAUGAACGGUCCAAGUAGUACAAGUCAAAUGUCAAGUAAUGACACUACUGGUAGUGGUUCAUGUGGUUCUGUAGGAGAUAACGAUACCUACAUGCCACUGGAUGUUUGUGACGCAUUGAGUCAAGCAGAAAUUGGUUAUCUUUUCCAACAAUCUCUUCAGAAUAAUUUGAAGGAAGAGCAUUGGAAGAAUCGAAUUGUCUCAAUUAUUACACAGAUCGAAGUGAAUGAAAAUGAUGCAGCAUUCAAUAACCCCACGAAACCAAUUGGAAGAUAUUAUUCUAAGGAAGAAUAUGAAAAGACAUUUCAAUCUUCUUCACAACAGCCAAGAAUUGCCCAUAUGAAAAAAUAUAAGGAAGGUUAUCGAAUGGUGGUUCCAUCUCCUGAUCCUGUUCGAAUUGUUGAGGAAAAUAUGAUCAAGACGCUCGUGGAUCAAGGAAAUAUUGUCAUCACGGGAGGAGGUGGAGGAAUUCCUGUGGUGAGAGAUCGAAAUGGAAAACUAACUGGAAUUGAGGCAGUUAUUGAUAAGGACAAGACAAGUGCCUUAAUUGCGGAGUCUAUUGAUGCUGAUUUGUUGAUUAUUCUUACUCAAGAAGAUGGUGUGUUCUUGGAUUACAAAACAGAAAAACAGAGAAAAAUUGACAAGAUGGAUACAAAAUCAGCACUUGAGAGAAUUAAAGAAGGAAUAUUUGAAGAAGGGUCUAUGGUUCCUAAAAUGGAGGCAUGCGUGCAGUUUGUAACAAGAACAAAGAAACCUGCUGUCGUGACAAGUGUUGAGAACUUGACAAAAAUUUCCUUGCACACUUAUUCUCCAGAAGGAACGUGGAUUGUUCCUUAG